UCAAGAUCAAGAUCAAGAUUCCCCGUGUUUACUCCUACCACACUGCCUAGAAAUCUUGUUUUUUUUUCGCAAAUUUCCCAAGUAAUUCCCCACCCCGGAGGCCGCCCCCAGUACACCUGUUCCCUGCAUCCAUGGCAUUGUGUGUGGACUGGCAAUCUACAACUUCACCAUCAUCAACCUGCCCUGUACAUCAACCUGUACAAGAAGUUACUGUGAGAGACUGUAGGCUUGGAUGACCUCGCCGACCUUGACCCGCAGCUGACCAGGUCACUGCGAGAUCUGCUGGAGUACGAGGGAGGUGACGAGGAGGAAGUUUAUGGCCUCGACUUCACUUUGACCCAGGAUUACUUUGGGGAGUGCAAGAGUGUCCCCCUGAAGGCUGGAGGGGAGGAGAUGUCAGUCACACAGCAGAAUAAUGUUGCCACGGUGACGGUGGUGGUGGGCAUGAUACAGAUGCGGGAGCUGGAGUUUGUGCCCGAUGAAGACAUGCAGCUGGACAAAUUCUGUUGCUCAUUGCUCAGACUGGAGUUUACAUGUAUACCUCCUUCACCAUCAUUGGUGGACACUUCACCAUGAGUGUUAGUGAAAUGUGCUGUGUUUGUUAGUUUAUUUGUAUAUCAGAAAAAUUUAAGACCAGUUAGUUGUCUAGACUUUAAGUCUUAAAAUGAGAAAAUAAAUUGAGAGAGGACAUACCCAGCAUGGCACGGAAAUCAAAGCGAGCUAUUCACCUGAAAGCCGCGGGUGCACUUAGUGCGGAGAAGAGGAAAGAGAGGAAAAAAGCAGCAGAGAAAGGUGAACAAGCAUGUGAGCCUCCUCCUGGACUACCAGCUGCAGCGAUGGGAGAGUCUCAGCCCGGACCAUCCCUCGUGAAGAGAAAAAAGGUGGACACAAGUAACACAACAGAUGAGCCGCAGUUGAAGGAAGACAUGCCUCCUGCUUUACUGAAAAGAAAAGUGAGAGAAAAAGAAACUGUGCCAGUGAAACCACAGAAAGAGGAGUACCUCAUUAUCAGCAAGAAAAAACUGCUGCAACUCUUUGAAAAUUAUGAGUUUGUGUGCCCGAAGUGUAAAAACAAAUCCAGGCAGAGUACCACCGUAUCAUCUGUGAGGUUUGGUGCUGUACGAAGAAUUCAUUCCCAGUGUGAAGUGUGCGGUGAGGAAGAACAGCAAUAUACCUCCAACAGGGUGGCACCACGUGGGAAAUUUGAUGCCAAUGUGAAAUUGGUAGAAUUUGCCUUAUCAAACAAUGGUUUCAAAACCAUUGAAGAUAUGGAAGAGACUUUUGAAAACAAGUUUAUGUCAUCAGCGUCAUUUCAUAAGAUUGCUAAAACAGUUGAAACAGAAGGCAUUACUAAAAGUGAAGAAAGAAGAAGAAAGAAAUCAAAAGAUAUGAGAAAGGAAGAGAGCCUCAGAGCAAGGGAAGGUACAAGUUAUGAAGCUGGAGGAUUCUAAGUUGUAACUUUUUUGGGUAGAAAUAGCUGAGGAGGAGAGGGAAGAGGCCCAUCCCUGGUAAAAAUAAACCCCUCUCCAAGGAAACAGCUACUUCGAAAAGCCCCCAGGGGUGAGACGAGUAAAACUUGUCGGUAAAGGCCAAAAUAAAAUAAAAUAUUAUAUAUUAUAAUAAACGCGUCUGCUCAUCUCUCUCUCUCUCUCUCUCUCUCUCUCUCUUUGUGUGUGUGUGUGUGUGUGUGUGUGUAAUCUGACCCACCCCCAUGGUAAACCUUUGGUGUUCACACACACACCUCACUUGUGCGGUGUGUGUGUGUGUGUGUGUGUGUGUAUGUGUGUGUGUGUGUGUACAAUUUUUUUUUUUUUUUUUUUUUAUUUAUUUAUUUAUUUUUUUUAUAACUCAGGGGAGUUCUCCCGGAGCUCAUUUGGUGAUGGUGGUGGUGGUGAUGGUGGACCGUCCACCAUCACAUAUCUAUCGGUCUUUAUUAUAAAAUAGCCUUGGAGGCCUAAUCGCCUCCUCCUUUCAUUCAUUGCCUUCAUCGUUUGUAUCAUCUGUUUGAGUCUUUCUUGAUCCAUGCUGAACUGAAAAAUUGUAAAAUAGAGCGCUAUAAUUUUUAUCCAAUAUUUGCAAACUUAUACUCCAUAUGAAUUAUUAGCAGAAACACAUCCUACCAGAGGGAUGUCUCGAUAGAGUCUGAACACAUGUGGCCGAGGCGUCGUAGUACCUACAGGUCACGUACAGGUUCUUGGCAGGAAACUGACAGGUUUACAACGCGCUAGCCUGACAGCUAGUAUACCCAUCCGCGUGGCGAGCACGUGGUCUCGGGGAAAUAUUACCUUUCUUUCCCUCAGCGCACACACACACAACAUAGGCCUACUCAGUGUGUGUGUGUGUGUGUGUGUGUGUGUGUGUGUGUGUGUGUGUGUGUGUGUGUGUGUGUGUGUGUGUGUGUGUAAGCACGUAUUUUAUUUAUUUAUUUUUUUUUAUAAUUCAUAUAGUGUAUAAUUUUAUUUCUAUAGAC